CUGGGUCACGUGCCGCUGUUUGGCGCUUUUGUGCGCGCCCAGGUCUGUUGGUGCUCAGAGUGUGGCCAGGCGGCUGGGAGCGAGCAGGACUUUCCUUACCAGUGGAUUGUGUAGCCAGCACAGCCAGUCUCGUCUUAUACUCAUCAUGGCGUCCUCUGAUAUUCAGGUGAAAGAGCUGGAGAAGCGCGCUUCAGGCCAGGCUUUUGAGCUGAUUCUCAGCCCUCGGUCAAAAGAAUCUGUCCCCGACUUCCCCCUUUCCCCCCCAAAGAAGAAGGAUCUUUCCUUGGAGGAAAUUCAGAAGAAAUUGGAAGCUGCAGAAGAAAGACGCAAGUCUCAUGAAGCGGAAGUCUUGAAGCAGCUUGCCGAGAAGCGGGAGCAUGAAAAAGAAGUGCUCCAAAAAGCUAUCGAGGAGAACAACAACUUCAGCAAAAUGGCAGAGGAGAAACUGACCCACAAAAUGGAGGCCAACAAAGAGAACCGGGAGGCGCAAAUGGCUGCCAAGCUGGAGCGUUUGCGAGAGAAGGACAAACAUGUUGAAGAGGUACGGAAGAACAAAGAAUCCAAAGAUCCUGCGGAUGAGACUGAGGCCGACUAAUUUGUUCCGAGAACUGAUUUUCUCCCCCACCCCUUCCUGAAUAUCCAAAGACUGUACUGGCCAGUGUCAUUUCCUUUUUCCCUCCUGACGAAUAUUCUAGAAGCUGAAGUAGGACUGUAUAGGUAGAUCAGACCAUGAGAUGUUUCCGGGGCUCAAGGGGAGAAACUGAAAGUGUUUUACUCUUUUUUAAAGUGUUGGUCUUUCUAACGUAGCUAUUUUUCUCGUUGCAUCUUUCCCACUUCGCGCCCUGGAUGUGCUGGGUUAAUGGCUAGUGCUGUAUUGACUGUGGAAGACGUUCGUGAAAAGUGUGUAGUGGCUUCUUCCAACCCGUUAGAUGCUGACUCUCUGUUUACUUUGCCACCCCGAUUCUGUCCCAAGCUCACCAGAUGCUACUGUCCUUGAAUGGUUAAUAAACUGCACAGUGCUCUUGG